UGGAAGCCCUGGUGAAGUUUCAUGUGCUGGUAGCUCAGUUUCCUCUCCAUCUUUACGCCGUGUGCAGCUUUGGACGAGUUGCCGUCUCUUCCCCCCCUCACCUGUCAGCAUGUUCAUGCAUUGGGAGGUUUUUUAUUACGUUUUCAUUCUCCUGGCUCACAUGAGGUCCACCUGCUGCUGGUCAGUGAAUAAUUUCUUGAUGACUGGACCCAAGGCGUACCUGAUCUACUCCAGCAGCGUGGCAGCAGGAGCUCAGAGUGGCAUAGAGGAGUGUAAAUACCAGUUUGCAUGGGACCGCUGGAACUGCCCCGAGCGAGCUCUGCAGCUGUCCACACACAGCAGCCUGCGCAGUGCAAACCGAGAGGCCGCGUUUGUCCACGCCAUCAGCUCUGCUGGGGUUAUGUACACCCUAACCAGGAACUGCAGUCUUGGAGACUUUGAUAACUGCGGCUGUGAUGACAGCAGGAAUGGACAGCGGGGUGGUCAUGGUUGGCUCUGGGGUGGCUGCAGUGACAAUGUUGGCUUUGGUGAAGCCAUCUCCAAACAGUUUGUCGAUGCCUUGGAGACUGGGCAGGAUGCACGGGCGGCCAUGAAUCUCCAUAACAAUGAGGCUGGGCGCAAGGCUGUGAAGGGAACCAUGCAGAGGACAUGCAAGUGCCAUGGCGUGUCAGGAAGCUGCACAACUCAGACCUGCUGGCUGCAGCUGCCAGAGUUCAGAGAGGUGGGGAACUACUUGAAGGAGAAGUACCACAGGGCGCUGAAAGUAGAUCUUCUGAGAGGAGCGGGUAACAGUGCAGCCAGCAGAGGGGCCAUCGCCGAGACCUUUAACUCCAUCUCUCGUAAGGAGCUGGUCCACCUUGAGGACUCCCCCGAUUACUGCCUGGAAAAUCGCACUCUGGGUUUGCCAGGCACUGAAGGCCGUGAGUGCCUAAAGAAAGGCAAGAACUUGAGCAAAUGGGAGAAGCGAAGCUGCAAGAGGCUGUGCGGAGAGUGCGGCCUGGCUGUGGAGGAGCGUAAAGCUGAGAUGGUGUCGAGCUGUAAUUGUAAAUUUCACUGGUGCUGUGCAGUGAAGUGUGAGCAGUGCAGAAAGACAGUGACCAAGUACUUCUGUGUGAAAAAAGGAGGUCAGAGGGGAAGGAAUGAGAGCGCCAGUAGUCGCAGGAAGAACCUCAGACUGAGGAAGAAGCACUGAGCGCCUGACUUCUUCACGUGCCGUUGUAAUAUUCAUACCCCUGCAGCUCCUGUCAGCAUGCAGAGUCUGCAUUCUUUUUCAGAUAGUGUGUGUUUUUGGACAAAAAUAUGAUUUCAGACCAUCUUCAGUGUCCACAGUGUUUUAAAAGUAAGCAGUGGGAUGUGUACAAAGCCACAAGAUGGAGGAAAUGAGAAGGGUUUUUACAAAUUUAUAGAUUGUUUGGAAUAAAUGUAUUUAAUACAUUUUAAAAAAAAUAUAUUUUUUACAACAUCUUGAGAAGUCACUGUGCAUUUGAAGAGUUUUCUCAGUUUUCAAUACUCUCCACAACUUGAUGUAUUUAUUUCCAUGCACACAUUCGAUCUUGAAAGUUGAAUGGUCGAUCUGGCUAUUGUGCAGUGGCACAAAUAAUUAUUACUCUUUAUAUAUAUCACUUAUAACUGUCAAGUUUUGAAUGUUUUUCCCCUGUUAUCUGGCUUGUCAUGACCUUUGCUCCCCCUCUUUAUGUAUUUAAUUGUACAUAAAAUGAAGCACUUUG